AAAGAUAAGCUUCUUUGUCUUUGUGAUGAACUUACCCUUGUUGAUUGCCAAAGUAUAUUCCCAAACCAUGCCUCUCACCUGCUGAGUUUUGUUAUGCUAUUAUAUCUGCCACAGAUUCUUCAACUUAUUAUAUUGCAUGUCAGUGGGUUUUGUAUUUUACUUUUUUGCUUAAUUUCUCUUGUUGCUAGGUGGCUGUCAACAUUUUCAAGAACUUGUCACUUAAAGCACAAGUUCUUUGGCUAACUGUCCAAUUGUGACGGUACUUAUUGAAUUGUCCUUGGCCAUCUCCAUGUACGUGCAUAAAGAUUAAAGACAUUGUUGCAUACAAACACACACAUAGGACAAAGCCUUUAUGCUUUGAACAUUGAGAUGGUUCUGGUUGCAGUUAUUAGUGUUGAACUUAUUGGUGAUGGUGGAAAUGUUGAAAUGUUUUAUGGUUUUCAUUAAAUUGAGCAUGCCUACUUGGAAUUUAAGUGACUGUCCUGAUGAUCUGAAAGUGAUUGUGAAUUGUGAUUUUCCUGUGAACUUCUGCCUGUUUUGUCUCCGAUAUGGUCAUGUUAUUCGUGUGCCCGCUAGUGGGAGGUUUAUAAACGCUAGCACAUGUCGACAUGUUAUUGAUAGAACCGGUUCGUUCAGUGAACCUGCUAGUGGGGAUUAUACACCAGCAAAUUCUGUAGCCUGCCAGUGGGAGGUUUAUAACACUGGCCGUGACCUAUAGAGGAGACGUCUAUUUCGUGCCCGUACUGUAUCCGUUUUUCGUGAUUGCACUUGUUGGCAUGCUGUAAGUUUAAUUAAGGGCAAUCCAUAUUUUACUUACUGAGUUAUCUCACCUUGUUUUUCUCGUCCACCAUUUCAGGUAGUGUGCCCCGAGAAUCGGAAAUCAAGGGGAGUGACAUGAUAAAAGGCUAGCCACUUGAGAUUUGACAUAGAUUUUAGAUACAUGUACUCCAUGCUCUUGUAAGUUAGAUUUUAAUUGGAAAUUUUAUGGUAUCAAAACUGAUUUUGUUCAGUAAGUUCCGAGCCUUGUGCAUUUGUGGGACCCGUCUCACGAGUGCACGGCGUCUGCUGCGCCCCGGAUUUGGGUUUUGGG